UUUUUUUUCUUCUUCUUCUUCUUCUUUCUAUCUUUUGUUUCUUUAUUUAUUACUUUUACCAUGACUAUUGAAGAAUUUCCUCUCGGUUACUUUUAUAUUGUUAGCCAAUUGAAUGGGUUGGUCCUUGACGUACAUGAAGAUGAUAAGGGCCAGGCUAUUAUCGUCACUUCUGUCAAGCUAGAAAAGUCUCCUGAACGCGAUAGUCAACUUUGGAUGCACCAAGAUGGUUUCUUGACAAACAAAGCUGCAGGUUUAGUGCUCGAUAUCGGUCGUGCAGGUACUUUUAAAGCUAUUUUUACUGCUGAAGAACGACUCUUUUUGGAUCAAAUGAAAGAAGCCGAAGAAGCUCAUGAUCAACGAUUUGGAUAUGAUGGACAAUACAUCUAUAAUCUCAAUGAUUCUAAUGUGGUGAUUGAUAUUCGCAAAUCUGAUACCGAGGCCGGAGCUCGGGUGAUUGUAUACAAACGAAAGGAAGGUGAUGAAAAUCUUAAUCAACGAUGGACUAUUGAACUUGGUGACCCUCCCAAGGCGGUUGAUCCUGAAGAAGAAGAAGAUGGUAAGGCUGAACGUUUACAAGCAUGGUUUGGUAACUGGUUCGGAUGGGGUGAUAAGAAGAAACAUAUUCUCAAGGAAGAAGAAUUGGAUCAUGCUCACAAAAAGGUAUAUCAUGAAAAGAAAUCUCAUGCUAGUCAUCAACUGUUGGCUGGUGCCGUCGCUUAUCAAGCUGUCAAGAUCUGGGAAAAGCAACAAGAAGAAAAAGGUGAAGAAGUCAGUCAUGGUACUCUCAAGAAAGUGGUUGCUUCCAUUGCUGCUGCUGAAUUGGUCAAACUGAUUGAAGAACGUGGUGGACAAGAUGAUGAAGAAGAUGAUGAUGAAGACAAGAAACAACAAAAGAAGGGCAUGAUGGAAUCUAUGGCAACAAGUGCAGCUAUGAAUUUGAUCGAAUCCAAAUAUGGAAUGAAAUAAUUUAGUUUUUCAUAUUUUUUUUUUUUCAUACAUUGAAUAAAAUCUUGUCAAUUUAUGAUCAAUGCGAAAAAA